AUGACACGCGGCGUGCACCACAUCGACACCGUGCCGGACAUCAUCCCGGCACGCGUCAACAUCCACCACCUCCAGCUGCGCGACCUCCUCCAGCCCACGGGCGUCAAGGACAACGUGCUCUUCGUCAGCCGCCUCCAGGUGGAGCAUGCCGACUUCUCCAACCCGCUCAAGCCGCCCUCGGUCUACUGCACCCUCGACUUUCAGCCAAAUUGCCUCACCACCGGUUCCGGCCUGCUCGCUGCAGGCGGCCAGCAUGGAGAGCUCGCUAUGCGCCCGUUGCAUCCGGCCUCCCUGCAGCGUCUCGAUCCCUCCUGCUCCGAACGCUCCCCUGCACCUUGGCUGCUUCGAACACCCACGGGCGGCUCCAUCAACAACGCCAUCUCCAUACAGCCCGACCUCAAUGCUCCCUCGUCCUCGCGCGCGUUUGCAUCCGCUGCGUCCCAAGCCUCGCCCACCGCCUCGAAGCGCGACGUGGUGGAUGCAGCGCCACAAGACACCUACUCGCCCUGGGCAAGGGACGAACCGUCCUCGUCCUACUCCUCCAACCACGCCCGUCCCGGACUGCUGUUCGGCGACGAGCAGAUGGAGUCCGAGCUCUCCCAGAGCGUGUUUGAAGAGCUCGCCGCCGCCUAUGGCUUCGACCCGGCCUCGGUCAAUCGCAGCUCCGCAUGGCGGCGUUCUUCUCCCGUGCGUGCUCGGCGCACCUCGUCCAUUCCGUCAUCCCUCGCAUCGGCCAUUGCGCCAAUCGCACCCAUCAAGGUGAUGGUGUCCAACAACGACCAGUCAAUCAAGCUCUACAAGCUGCGUCCGCCCAAGUCGAGCGCCGGCACGGAUGGACGCAUCGAGUCGGGUCUGCCCGGUCUAUCGCGCAACACCACGCUGCAUUUCCCCACAGCUAUCAAUCACUCUUCGCUGUCGCCCGAUCAGCGCACACUGAUUGCGGUGGGUGAUACACCCGAUGUCUUUAUCCACAGCGUUUCGAGGUCGGGCGAGCACGUUAAAGUGGCCACGUAUACUGCCUCUAGCGAUGCAUGUUUUAGCACCACCUGGUCACCCGAUGGCAGCAAAUUCGCAGUCGCCAGUCAGGACGGUGUUGUGUCGGUAUGGGAUGUACGCAGUAGUCGACGCUUAGCAGCGCUCACUACAAGUCAGGCAUCGAGUAGCAGCGGUAGUGGAGCAGCACGGGUGGUCAAGUUCUCACCAGAUGGAAGGUUCUUGGCCUACACGGAGCAUCGAAACUUCUUUCACGUUGCCGACACGGUAACGUUUGAAGAUGUACAAAGGGUAGCAGCACCCACCGUCGCUCCCGAGUCGAGCACAUGGUCAGAACGAAGAAUCCCCCUCACAACGAGUAUGGUCGACACGGAUCGAUUUCGAUUGCUAACUGGUCAAGAUGCAAUUGCGAGGGAUAGGGAAAGAAGAUCAAUGAUCCAUGCCACCUUUAUGCGCGAGUGGAACCGUGCCAUCAACUUGGUAGACCGUGGUCCCUCGUCCGACCAAAUCGCCACCUCAAGAGGCUCCAACUACUUUCCAGACCUCCUCAAUUGGUCCCCCACAUCAACAGCAACAUCAUCAACUCCACCAACAGCCAUGGCUGCUGGCGCAACAAACAUAAGCGGUCUCUGCUGGGACCCCGACUCCGAGGCCAUCUUUGUCGCAACCGAACGCGCAAUCGCCAAACACACUGUCGCCGACACUCGAAUCUCCGUAGCAAAUGCCACCCUCCUCUAG